CAAAUAGACGACGCUCCGCCUACGCCCGCACGCUCCGACGAGGAGCGCCGCGAGCGCUCCACGCUCCGCUAAGCAGGACUAGGAACCGCUCCGCGAACGCUCCGCCGACGGGCAUAGGCCGGCGGGUGGCGUGCUAUGGAUUCCGACGGGGCUGCGAUACGGAAGGUCUGGGAGGAAAUUUGUGUAGACAUGUUCAUUUCAGAGCGUGAUUCCAGACCUUCCACAAGUAUAUCUAUUGAAGGAAUCGAUGAAGCAAAUGUUUUCAGAUAUAUUCUGGAGCUGUGGACUAAGGGUACUCUGAAACCAGAGAAGAUAGGUCCAUGGAUAAAUGGAUCUAUUUGGCUGUAUGAAUGUGAAAGGACGAAGUGGUAUACGAAAUCACAAAGUGUGAAAUUUUUCAUUCUAGGGGAGGAAUUCAAUGAUGAUGCAAAGAAAGUGGAGGUCUACAAAAAAUCUAUCGACCUCAUAAAACAUGGCAGCCCUCGAGGUGUCAUAACACCUAUUUUUGUAACAUACUGUUCAAGAUUCAGUCGUAUGAUUGUUUGCUACCCUUACUUUGAUGAAUCUCUUUCUGACUGGUUGAAGAGAUAUAAAGGUGGUUCGUCUAACCUUCCAUAUGAGAUCAGAAUCAUGAUAAGGAAUCUGUUGGCUGCGAUAGAGCAUCAGGAUAUAAACAGAUUAGAAGAUAUUAGUCCAAUUGUCUGUGUUAAAAGCAAAAGGGAUAACACGAUGGAAGUCAAGGUCAUCUUGCUUCCAGUCCAAAGUGAACAAUCAAGCAAGGCCAAACGGCGCACAAGUUUCUCUUCAUUAUUGAGGAAGAACAUGCAUCAAACUUGGGUGGAGGAUAAAGACUUUGAAGCUUUUCUGUUAAUGCUAGAAAGCAACGAAUACACGCUUGAGAAUUUGAUGGGACACCCGGUCUUGCAAGAUGGCGAUAGUAAUGGUCGCCUCAUUCUUGAUUGUUUUCGUGAAACAUUGACUCCCGCACAGCAUAAAGAAUUGGAAGAAAAACUUAAUGUCCAGAAAUAUGAUGGUGGUGAUUGGCGGCUGCGUUUGCAAGGGAAAACUCCUUUAGAAAAUAUGAGUAAACGCAGUACAGCAUAUCCAGGGCAUGACUUUCUAUGGUUUGCGAGAAAGACCGUUGCUCAUUUCAAUGAAAAUGAUGCAAAGUUUAAAAAUGCUACUGUAAAUCGAGUGCCCGCAGCCAACGUCAUUAAGGAUUUGUAUCCAGGAUUCAUAUCAGAUUUGUACAAGUUGUCUUUAGAACCUCAGUAUCUUAACAGGGCUUUAGGGUGAGCGAGAGAUUGAACUGGACAGAAAGAGCUCUGUGCAAAAGGUGAUUCUGAUGAUCCUCGAGUUCUGGGACCACCGUUAGGGGUUCAGGGAUGGUUCCACCUCUCCUGCCUCUCCUGCAAGAUAAGGAUCCUUCCCACAUGCAUCUGUCUGUUUGGCAGUAAAGACCCUUCAGAAGCUGCUGGAGUACAGCACUACAGCAGCCCUUGCCUGUUUAAAGAUUUGGGUGGUGUAGAACUUUUGUCUCAGAGGUUACAUGUGGAGGUGCAGCGUGUUAUAUUGGUAUUGGUGUUGCUGACAUUACUUCAGUGGUUGCUACUGAUCACUGAAAUCAGAAAAUGACCAUCUCUACUCACAGAAGCGACUGAUUAUGGCUUUGCUCAAAGGCAUUAGGUUCUGCUCAAAGUUCCAAUGAUAACUCUUUGCCCAUGUCACUUUCCCUUAUAUUCCAGAAUGUUGGAAAGUUUGGUGGCGAUACAUACCCAUCUUCAGUUACUGUUAUGAGUGAGAUAAUACAUAAGGAUCCUACAUGCUUUCUUGCUUUGAAGGAACUUGGUCUUCCUGCUUUCCUGUCAUGAGUGACUGCAAGCUCUUAUAUGUGUACCCAUGGCCUGGGCGCAAUCUUCCGUGACAACCAAGGACUUGAGUCUGCCAGGGAAACUUCAGCGCUGCGUUUUCUUGUAGAGACGUUCACUAGUAGGAGAUAUCUGAUACCAAUGAAUGAAGGUGUUCUUUUAGCCAAUGCAGUGGAAGAGUUUCUUCGUCAUGUGCAGUCCUUAGAAGUACUGGUGUUGAGAUCAUCAUUGGAAUAAUCAACAAACUUUCUUCACGUCAUGGCGAUAAAAUCACUGAAGCAGCCAGCGGUGAAGAAAAAACAGAUAUGGAAACAGAUGUUGAAGGGCGUGAUUUAGUAAGUGCAAUGGAUUCUGGCACAGAUGGAACUAACGAUGAGCAGUUUUAUCAUUUGAGCAUUUUCCAUGUUAUGGUAUUGGUGCACAUGACAAUGGAAAAUUUAGAAACUUGCAGGCUGUUUGUAGAAAAGGGAGGUCUACAGACUGUUGACACUUGCUGCGACCUACCAUCACCCAAUCUUCUGGUGGGCUGCCUAUUGCUUUGCACAGCACUAUGGUAUUCAAGGGCUUUACUCAACAGCAUUCUA